UUGAAGUACAAGUUCUUCAGCUGCAACAGAUGGGUCAGGGGAGGCUGUGGCAGCAAGAUUCAGUUACGGGUAUCCAUGACGACAAGCGUCACAACAGCCAGGGGUGGUCACGUGGUCGGGAUGAAGCAUACGGCGAAACCUCGCUUCCUCUGUUUGAAGCUUCGUCCUCUGAUCUGUCUGAUCAAUCUCAGCCGUGUGACUCCGCCCCGAACACUCCUGAUCAACCACAGUCGUGUGACUCCGCCCCGAACACUCCUGAUCAAUCACAGCCGUGUGACUCCGCCCCGAACACUCCUCAUCAACCACAGCCGUGCGACUCCACCCCGAACACUCCUCAUCAAUCACAGCCGUGUGACACCGCCCCGAACACUCCUUAUCAACCACAGCCGUGUGACUCCGCCCCGAACACUCCUCAUCAAUCACAGCCGUGUGACUCCGCCUCGAACACUCCUCAUCAAUCACAGCCGUGUAACUCCGCCCCGAACACUCCUGAUUAUCCUUGUGAUGAUCUUUCACAGAUCCUUCCAGAUACGACUCCACACAGCGAAUGUUUAAUCUCUCACCCAGAACCGUGUGGAGCGUCAUCCGCUAACUUGUCAGAGGCGUUGCCAUACUUAGACUCUUCCCGGAACAAUCCAAACCAACUAGACGAUGAAAUGUCACAGCUCCUCCCAGAUACAGCUCCGGACAAAGAUCUUGAUGAUGUUCUGUCCGAGCUAAAAUUCGGUUUGUUCCAGAUAAAGAUGAUAAUACUUACCGGAGGUGGAUAUUUUUCUGUUUGCUCAGCGAUUCUCGUGUUUGUCUUCCUCAGCAAACCCGUGAAAAAAGAGUGGGAUUUACCCGAGUUUCAGUUUCCGUGGUUACCGUUCUUUAGUGGAAUUGGUGGCAUUGUUGGUGGAUAUAUCUUUGGAACACUUAGUGACAAAUGUGGACGUCAGAUUCCAUUCAUGAUUACUAUGGGCAUUUGUGCUGUUUUUGGGAUGGCGUCUGCGUUCUCUCCUUCCUUCCUCUCGCUCGUAGUUAUUCGUUCGUUUGUGUCUGUAGGAACUGGCGGGCUGGAAGCGAUCGACUUCGUUCUCCUUCUUGAGUUUCUGCCGAGACGAAACCGAGGAUCCGCGAUGGUGCUUGUUACGUUUUGUGGCGCGCUGGGGGCGGUGUACGCCAGUGGGAUGGCGUGGCUGCUGCUGCCUCGUUCUCAAUGGGGCUGGAGAUGGUUCGUCGGAGCGUGCGCAUUACCGUCCAUUCUGAUGUUUGUCAUGAGGCUGUUCGUAUCCCAGGAAACGCCGCGGUAUCUCUUCAUCAGUGGACAGAGCGAGAAGGCGCUCAUCGUCCUGGAAACCAUCGCUAAAACCAACAAGACAAAACUAACCGAAGGAAAUAUCGUUUGCCCGUCUGUUAAGAAGAGAGGUCACGUCCUUGAACUCUUUUCACCGGAACUACGAUGGCGGACUGUGUUUAUCUGUCUUGUGUGGUUGUUCCAGUCGACGGGUUACUGGGGCGUGACGCUGUACCUGCCCGAGUACAUGGACUCGUUAGGGGUGGAUCCUUACUUCAACAUGUUCACCAUCUUCCUAGGAGAAAUACCAGGCCUGUGCCUGGCGAUGAUUCUCAUAGAAAGCCACAUGCUGGGCAGAAUCAAGAGUCUGAGAUUCUUUUCCUUGUUCACGGCCGUAUCUCUGAUGGCGUUCUCGUUCGCGCCGCUCGACUUCCUGAAGGCCGUGUUCGUGAUGGUGUGUUACUUCUUCAUGGUGCCCAUCUACGCCAUCUUGAACGCUUUCACCCCGGAGAUGUACCCGACCAGCGUCAGGAGCACCGCCAUGGCCGUGGCCAACAUCGUCAUCGAGGUUCCCGGUCUCGUGACGCCGUUCGCCGGGGAAGUCCUGCUGUCCAUCAAGUCCACAGUGUGGCUCUACCCCGUCGUCUGGGCCAGCUGUUUUGGCCUGCAGUUCCUGUGCACGUUCGGCUUAAGGCGGGAGACUGCGGGGGAAGAUUUACUCGACAGACGCGUGGGUGGUAGUGAAUCUAGGACACCCAGUUGAUCGUCUUGUCCACGUUGACACACAAUCAGUAUAGUGCAUUGUACUAGCAUGGUGCUAUGCCAAAUUUAACAUUUUAUAUAUAUAUCAAGACAUACAUGAAUAUUUGUAGCCUGAUUUUCGCCUAGCUGAGUAUUCUGCCGUUCGAGAGGUAGACGGACAUUUUGGAUAACGCUUUCAACAAUGUUCCUGUUAAAUAUGUAUUAUAUGUAGGUGCUCACGGGUUUCUUCCUGUA